GUGGAAGAGCAUAAAGUAAAAUCGAUUCUUCUUGUUAGAUAUUUUUUCAAGUUUCCUUUUUGAACAGAGAUCUUUGAAACGCGCAUCUUUUAAAAGAUAAUGUGUUUAUAUAGACACGAGAAGAAAAAGAUAAGAUAUAGAUAUAACGAAUUGCUUAAAUCAUCAGCGGCAUCAAAUCCGUGAAAGGAAUACGCGAAAGGCUUAACUCUGAAACGUUAGAAGGGCACGACUUGAAUGGAACACAAUUCUCUUGUAAUGUAUAUUACUAUUCUGACUAUAUACAGUUUUACUUCACUAGCGGAUGAAGCGCGAAGAACAUUUGCCACGAAAACCCUGUUUGAUUGUCGCGGCGCGACGCGACGCGUUAACAAAAGAUCGUUUCGUUUUUGAUCAAUCGACGACAAUUUUCAAAACUGACGCCAGUAUAAACUGAAACCGUGGGAAAAGAUGAAAAAGACAACGGAAAGAAUAGUGUAAAACGUCGACGAAAACAAUGAUUUUCGAUCCAAUCUCCGACGAGCAGAGGAAACAUUUCUUUCGGCAGAAUUAUGGCGCUCAUUUACCUGGGUAAGAUUCGACGCGUUGUUUAAUCAUAAUCGAAGAAAACCCAAACGAAAACGUAAACGCUUACCAGUUAGUUUGGUUCGUUUAGUCGAGCAAUAUUAACCGCGUUAAUUGAAUUUGCGAUUCUCUUGCAUAAUGCGUGCGAAGCGAAGGGAACAUACAAGAUGUGCAAUAAAUAGCUGAUCUCGCGUGGCAUAGUAGAAUAUUUCGAAUUAGAAAUUAAAGUUUAAAAAUUAUUUCUGGUAGGAAAUGUAACGUUACUGUUACUGAAAGCAAAUUGAUCUAAAGUAACAAGAAGAUAAUAUGCGUGUUUGCCUGCGGUAAAGCGUUUCAUUGAUUCGCACCUAAAUAUAUGUGGUAGGUUCAGUCUAUAACGUUGAAGCGUGCGAAUUAAACUGGUACCGAUCCUAGUACGCUUUGUAUCGUGAUCGUACCACUCGAGGGAAUCGCGAUUGUUUCGCUUAUCGCGACUAUACCGGACAUUGUCCUACUCUUAAAUUUCGAGUUGGAAAACGAUUCGGUGCGUGCACGGAAGAUAUUAUGAAGGAAUUACUUGAGAAGAAAACUCUCAAAGAAGGGCCUUAUAGACUGAAUUCCGGAAGGGAGCCGCGUGAAAAUGCAUCGAUGCGUUACGAGAAGGAUACGAAAGCAGACUGGAAGAGUGAGACGCGCUUAUUCAGAGCACCCCCCUAUAUCUUGGGAUAUACCGGAUACAUUCCUGGAUUUAAUAGCAUAUACGGUUUAUCCUUCAUGAGAGCCGUUGAAGAAGGAGCCAAGGAAUGGCGUAAAAAUCAAAAUAAGUUAAGAGCCCGUGAAGAAGCAAUGAGAGUUCGCGUCGAAAGACACGAUUCCAGCAACGUUUUGUCCCAAGUGAGGACAGACAACGUAGCGGCUGAAAUCGAUCACGGCCAUCAUCGAAAUUCAACAACGUUUCAUUAUGAAAUUUCGCCCGAGAGACCGCCGAUCGUUGGCUAUACGGGUCAUAUUCCAGGAGCGAGAGGAGAAGUAGCGCUAUCAAAAAGAUACGGACAAGCAGCAAAAAAAGGAUUGGAAUUAGUUCGAAAAGAACGCGAACAAAGACUUGGUAAAAUAAAGAAUACAAAUAUGGUGUAG